AUGCGACCGAUCGACUUUAUUGUUUUUCUCUUCUUCUUUGUCUCGAGUGUCACGUCUCAAGAAAUUUCCAACAAUGGAUCCCAAAAGUACGACCCAAAUUCGCUGGAAAUGAACAAGAAGCUAAUGAAGACUUUCCUGAGGCUCUUUUACCAGGCCGCUAAUCGAGUUAUGGCUUUAAAAAAUAAACCUAGCAAUCAUAUUGAUGCUGAUGUCCAAAAUAUUUCUAUUUCGGACAUAUUGAAAACGCAGAACUCGGAUAUUCAAAGCCGAUUUUUCUUCCCAUCAGAGCCUAGAGGCCUUUUCGACAAUCUGAACCCAGUCAACGCGAUAAGUAUAGUGUCGAAAAGCAUGACAGGGGGCGUCGUUGAUCACAAGGACCCGGCGCCCAAUUUGGAGCAAACUCUUAUUGAAAUCGGUAACAAAGCUCUCGACGGGAUGAAUUCUACGAUUAAAAUUGUUUCUGACUCUGCUGGUGCUGCUGGAGGACACAGCACAGAAUCUGGAGCCAGAAUAGAAGAAACUGGCAAGCAAUCCAACGUUUCGACUCCUUCUUUGAGAUUCAUGGGUGACUUGGACAACUCCACCAGCACAAAUGUGACCAACGCUUCUUCUACCAGCACUAAUAACUCUACCGAUAAAGCAGAAGCGAGAGUGAAUCUUAACCCAGAGCCUGUUUCAUCGACAGUCGAGCCGGGAAACGGUACGAAAGCUCCCGAAAUCACCAAAAGAGAAGCAUCGGUACUGUCUUUGAAUAACCCGAGUAAUAAUUUAAAUGGAAAUUUUCCGAGCUCUAAAAUUACAGAUGCUGCCUCAGUCGAUAAGGGAGUGGCUGCCGAGCCUGUCAGAGUGAUAAGAUCCCCGUCCAGCGAUGAGAACGAUGAUAUCUUUGACUUUCCCGAGGAUAACGACAUCAAAGAUGUGCAGCCGAUUAUUUCAAACCUGAAACUCGGGGAAAUAGUCGAUAAAUUUAGUUAUUUAUAA